CACGUCCCAUCUCCUCUUCCUACCAAAGCACGUCUCCUCCUCGUCUCUUCCAAUCCCGUCUCCUAUUUUCUUCUUCUCGUCCAAAUGAACAGGCUCCUGCUCGGCGGUGAAGCCUCGCCAGAGGAAGGCGCAUUGGGCCUCAAUCGGCAGCGGGAGCAGGGGCUCUCACUCUUGUUUCUUCCUUUCGCGUCUCGCGGAUGAGGGCGUGCCUAUACGGAACCGAGGAGGGGAGCUUAUGAGCCCAGGAGAAGGACUACUGCCGCCGUCGCAGUCCCGAGGUCGACAUAUCUCGCCCCUACGCAGCCCCGAUGCGCCUUCCUCUGGCGGCCAGGUUAUCCCCGCAUUAGCUCGUUGCAGCCCCGACACCGGUGUACUCCCGCCUAGGUUCGUCGUUUUUCACCUGGGCGACGCGAUCUGGAGGAGUAGAACGUGUGGUGGAGGCAGCAUCAGCCACUUGCAGGGAGGGAGAGGACCCCCCAGCCGUGAGGUCCAUGGCCACUAGAGAGUGGGAUAAUCGAUGUGCCAUUGACUCGAUGCCGGGACUGAAACGGAAGAAGGAUGAGAACCAGCUGAAAUGGAUUGAUACAAAGCCGCCCCCACUUCAAGUAGAUGUGUACCACGUGCACCUGCACAUCCAAGGUGGCCUGGCCGCUGCCGGCUGAUGCCUUGGCCGCCAAAGUAAUCCGUUAGAGUGUCGGGAUGAGCCCCCUUCCCAACUUAACCGGUGACCUGGGAAUCUUGGUGCACUCUUCGAUCAUUGGGGUGUCCUUGCGCGCAUCGUUGAGGCAGAGGACCAUCUUGUCGACAGCCUCAGAUUCCAUCAGUUAUUGGAGGGCAUUGGCCUCGAAGGUUGUAUUGUUCAGGUGGAAAGUUUGUCUAUGAAUUCUGUCUCCACAGCCUGAUACUAGAGACCUGCUUUGCACCUUGAGUUUGUACCUAGGUACAUUGGAGUUAUAAUUUUUGGAAAGCCAAGUAAAUAAAUCUGUAGGUAUACGUUCCUGACCUUCUAGAUCUGUGUUAAUUAUCACUUCCUCACAUUGUCACCAGGUAAGCAAGUGCAUUAACUAUUUUGUGCACUGAAUGAGCUAUCUGUGCUACUUAGUAAUUAUGCAGAAUGGGUUUAGUUUUAAGCUGUUUUUCAGUGGAGAAAAUCCUUGUUUGCGAUAGCAUAUAUAUUAUGAAAAUAUAGUAGAAUAUGUAAGCAUGCAGGAUUACCGCCCUUUCAUUUAUGCUAAAUUGAAGUGCAUACAUGGCAUAUUGAAACCUCAAGUCAGUCAUGAUUUUGAAAGAAUUUUCGUGAGACUAUAUAUUUAAAAAGUGUCACUGAAUCCUUUAAUCUGUACACCAGAAAAACUUUAGUAAUCCAUACCGUAGCCUCAAACAUGAAGCUGUCAGCAGACGUAUCCUGAUUUAGGUGCAGGAUGAAGAGUCCAACACCUUAUUCUUUAAUGCGGAAUCUUGUCCAUGAGAUGGCUUUACUGAGUUCAUAAUUUGACUAAUAUCCUCACUAAGGAUCCUGUAUUAUUAAGGUCCUUGGUUGGGUAAGGGUCUGAAAAAGGGCAGGGAUCUUAGGUUGUUCUCUGUCGUGUAUACCUAGAGGCUCUAAGAUUCAAAAAUAUAAAUUAUAUGAAGAAUCUAGAGAACUUGGGUUAUUCUUUGUUUAUUCAGGGUGCAGUGCCGUGCUUAUAUUUCUGGCCUCCUGAAAAGAGUAUCCAGUAUAACCAAUCUACUACUGAAGAUAAGAGUGUUAAUUAUUUGAACUGCUCUAAUAUAAAUCUACACAUCUAACUAAUUAGGAGGCAACACUAGGGAUCCCAGUAUUGUUGCAAAUACAUUCUAUCCUCAUAGAAUAUGACCGUUGGGGUCCUGUCUGGUGACGUCGGGGGCGAUCUCGCUGCCGGCGGAGAUCUCGCCUCUCAAACGUCGCCGGCGAAGGCUGUCCUCUCGCCGUCUCCACCAUGGACACCAUUGACGGUUCAGGUCUCACCGGGGAGUUUCACCGGGAGCCGUUUUUGGGCGUUACAGGUGGACGAUGCGGAGGACUCUGACCUCGAUGAGGGGAUAGAAGAAGAAGGGGGAGAUGAUGGGUCGCCUGCAGGGUCAGGCAGGUCUGCUACCUAUCUCUGCCGCACUCCGGUGCCGGUACAGGGUACGGAUCUCGUCGAGGCGCCGUCUGACCUGAAUAGGAGACAGAGGAAGCGGCUUCGGAGAAGAGAUGAGCAGCGCAUGGCAACUCGAUCGGCACUCUUUUUCUCUAAUUGCAAAGGUAUGAAAACGACUUCCUCGAUGCCUUUGGGCAAUCAGAAGAAAUCAGAUGUUAUCAAGAAUCCAAUUCUUGAGCCUUCGGUUUUUCUGGAUGAAAGUCAGGAUGGUUGGACAGUAGUUCGUCGGCGACGUUGGUCGCCGGCGUUCGACGACAACCUCCGAGAUCUGGCGAUGAUGCAAAAUUUAAAAAUUAGUGAUGCGGGCCAAGCCGGGUUGCGGGCUUUGGUCAACAACACUGCUGGUUCCUUCGGCCCAAUCCAACCUCGAAAAGGAAGGUCUGGUGAUCUGUCGGAAGAUUUGCGGGAUCCAAGGAUAGCCAAAGUCGGAACCAAUACCGCGGGUUUUGCGUUUCGUAGAAUCUUAGGGCUAGCCUGGAAGAAGUGCGCGGCGGCGGCUCCGGUUGUCCCACGACGCCGAGUCGAGGUCGUCAUGAAUGGAGAUGGUGGCCGGGGCGGUUUUAAUCCUGGCCGCGGUGCUUUUAACCGCGGUAGAGGAGGCUUCGGGGGUGGCCGCGGUGACUUUGGCACUGGCGGCCGCCGCGGAGACUUCGCCAAUGGGGGUGGCCGUGGUGGCCAUGGCAAUGGCGGUGACAGGGCUGGUGGACAUGGUGGCUACGGCGUUGACAGAGGUGGAUACGGUGCUGCUCGCGGUGGUUUUGGUAACCCUCGCGGCGGCUUUGCUCAGCGGGGUCGUCACCAAGGCCCUGGACGUGGAAACUAUGGGUAUGGUACUGGCCGAGGGUACCAGAACAACUUUGGAGGAGCUGGUGGAGGUAGGAAUUUCGUUCAAGGUGAAUCCAGUACGUCAGCUGGGUCUGAUUUCAAUGGAAAUUGGGCAGGUGGCAAUGGUGCAGAUCAGAGGGGAGGAAACUUUGUAAGCAACAAUAAUGGAUAUGGUGGAAACUAUCAGCGAUGGAAUUCAGGCCGAGGUGGGUCUUUUGUCAAUCGGAACAGGGGACAGGAAGUGGAGGGUGCUAGGCGAAGCGGCAUUGACGCUGAGCUUCUACAGCAAACGGUACAGGCAGUGGUGGCGCCAGUUACAGCGGCGACUAAGGCAACCGAGAUACCUGUGGUGCCUGUCUCCGUGGUUAGUGCAGGGCAGGAUCCAGUACAGGUUUCGGUAGAUGGUCAGUGUGGGGAGGUGCCGGAUGCGGUAUCAAAGCCCACGGAUGUGCAGCGAGAAGGAGGGCCAGAGGGUUCUGAGAUGAUAGCAACAGACAAGGAGAACGAAGUUCAGGGAGCUUCGAAGAAGAAAAAGGAAGAUAAAGCUGGUUGUUUUCGGUGUAAGAAACCUGGACACUAUAUUGAUGACUAUCCCACACCAUACUGUGAUAUUUGCGAGUCUGUCCAUCAUGUCACUUCUGCUUGUCAUUUGCUCAAUGCACCAAAACCAACAGCUAUUCUACAUGGUUAUGCUAAUGAGGCUUUGAUGUUUUUCGAGCUUGCAUGUGGUGUGUUUAAACCAAAGGCAGAAAAUCCCAAACUGGCGAAGGUGACAGUUGAGGGAGAUAUCCUGACUAUACCUGAGAUUAUAGAGCAGCUCAAGAAGAUUGUACCAUCAGAGAAAUUUAUUUGGGAGGUUUUUCACCUCAAGGAGAAUAUUUACAGAGUCAAACUUCCUAGUAAAUUAGAGGUACAGAGACUGAAGAACUUUGGCACAUAUAUCUGUACAGACAAGGAGUCUCGCUUGACAUUUGAUGCCUGGUCUUCUGUGGAAGAGCCUCUUUAUAGGCUUCAGGAGGUUUGGGUAUGGGUGUCUGGUUUGCCAUCGGAUGUUAGAUCAGAUUACCUUGCCUUAUGGGGAGUUGGAACUUUAUUUGGGAAGACAUUGGAGGUGGAUAUGGCUUAUACGCGAAAAAAUAAAGUGCUCCGGACCAAGAUUGGCUGUCUAGAUCAUAGACUUAUUCCAGAAGAUAGUGAUAUGUUUAUCAGGAGGGGAUUUUAUAAAUUACGUUUUGAGGUAGAAGUUGAGGAAAAGUUGCAAGAAGUCAAUAUGGUAGAUGCUGUAGCUGAUUUUGAUGGUGAUAAUGGAGCAAACCAGGGAGAAGGGAAGAGGGGAAAUGAUCAUGAUAUAGAUAUGACUAACAAAGAUAAUGACUUGGCUGAGGGAUCCAAAAAUAAUGAUCAUGAUGGUUCGAGUAAUCAUAAUGGGGUGGAUGGUAUGCAAGAGCAAUGUGCUUCUCUAGAGGCUAUUCAAUUUGGAUCAAUGGAUACAAAACUAGCCUCUCCAGGUAACCUCCAUGAUGCAAAAAAUUUGGACCAAAAUGACUUUGUUUUCUCUCCUAUAUCUCAUAUUCAUUUUAGUACACUAAAUGACAAUAUGGACGUGGUAUCGCAUGCAGAUUUCCUUCACAGAGGCUCCACCUCGGGAUCGGCGGGUCUCAGCAAGGUCAGCGCUGGGCGGCGGGCUGUCAUUGGACAGCAGCUGCCAGAAGCCAGCCUGGCGCAGCAAGCAGCCAACGACAAGCUGCAGGCUGGCCGACUUUCGCCAGGACUGAAGCCGCAUGCAGAGAGGUUGUCCCCGGCUGGGCGCUGGAUCUUCUGUGCAGAGGAAGGCCAGUUCAGCGUAUGUACCGACGCAAUCCAGGCCACAGAAGAUUGGCACUGGCCUAUCAGCUGUGCAUGCGCCAUGUGA